AUGAAAGUCUACGAUCUCAAGUCCGGCAACUGGGCCAACAGCAGCAUAGCGAUGAGCGGUCAGUACCAGCGCCUGAUUCCCAACUCGCCCUUCCUGGACAGGAUGCAGCACCUGGCGUCGUUCUCCGCUGUGGCCAACAUCGAUCUGAGCCAGCACUUCAAAAGCAGGUUCCCGGUCUCCCGCAUCACGCAUGCCACAUACCACAACGGCUUCCUGUUUGUUGUCAGGUCGGAUGGCAAGGGCAAUGACGAAAUCGUGAAGCUGCAGGUCGGCGUCAAGUCGCUCAAGUACAUCUCGGUGGUGUAUCCCCAGGCCCAAGUGUACAACCUCUUCGGCUGGGAUAACUACAUCCUGUGCUCUCCUGGUUAUCGCGCGUGGGUGCUGGAACACCACGGCGACUUCUCCGUAUUCGUGGACUUGCUUUCGGUCCCCCUGGACACGCUGCCCGAGCUGGCAAUGCCGUUGCUCACUGAGCCCUCGGUGCUGUCCGUGAUGCUGGCCAGCCACAACAGCACCGGCUUCGGCAAGGUCACUCUGCUGCGCAACGCCUAA